GCAUUCCCUUCUUUCCUCCACUGAGCCGUCGGAGCGGAUAGCUAAUCCUCUUUCCUCCCGGUUCUUCUAACAAACACACCCAUGACACGGCGGAUUUAACCUCAGGGGGAGACCCCAGGUUCUCCAGAAGUUGGAAUCUUUCUUUGGGUCCCUUUCCUCCCCCUCCUCUCAUCCCAGCCACCACUGCCAUGGAGAGCUCUUCAGUGGCGUCUGCAUCGUCUGAAGCUGGGAGCACACGCUCGCAGGAGAUAGAAGAGCUGGAGCGCUUCAUCGACAGCUACGUGCUGGAGUAUCAGGUGCAGGGGCUUCUGGAAGACAAGGCAGAUGGAGACUUGGACUUGGACAGCGGUGGCAAAGAACCACAGUGGACAGAUGACUGCACGGACAAGAUAGAUGGUAGUUGGACAUCAUCACAAGGAAGAGGCUCCUCUAAACCUGAUGAGUGGGAACACAGCAGUAAUGGCAGUUCAGGCUCUAGGCCCAGCUCAGGGUCUAGACCUGGAUCCGGCUCACGCUCCGGCAGCAGAGGCCGAAACAACCAGUUCAAAGUUUCUGCAAAGAAUGGAAACAGAGAUUGCUCCUUUGACAUCUUGGGGACAGAUAUUUGGGCUGCAAACACUAUGGACUCACACGGAGGUGCAGGUUGGGAUGUGCAGCCAGAGAAGCUUGACUUCAGCCAUUUUCAUAUGAAAAACUUCAGAGGAAUGCCAAAACCUUUGCCACACAUUGACAGAGAGGGUAUGAACAAAAACAUGUUUGCAGAAGAUGAUGGGAUAGACAUGAAUGACCUAGAGAGGUUCCUACCUCAUCUUCACUCUGUCUUCCCACCACUUCCUAAUGAGGCUGAGAUCGCUCACACCAAAAAGCUCUUCCGACGCAGGAGGAACGACCGACGGAGGCAGCAGCGACCUCAAGGUGGAGGAGGAGGAGGAGGAGGAGGAGGGAAGAACCAGCCUCAGCAGACACAACAGUCACCACAGCGCCAGAGGGAUCAAACCCAACAAUUGUCUCCAAACCAACAAGAGUUGCAUUUAACAGAACUUGGAGAGAACCAAAACCGUAAUGCUGCUCGACCACCUCGCCUGAACCAAGGAGGACAUGGGCCACGCCAAGGAGGACCCCCGCAUCAUGGAUACAGCCAGAACCGGCGCUGGCACCACAAUCAGAAAGGCCAGGGACACAGACAAACAAACACUACGGGUGAUAAAGACGUGCCACCAAGAACAACCAAAGACAAAGAGACUGAGAGUGUUAACAUGGGUGACGAGCGAAUCAGGCCGACACCAGAAUGUAACAAUCAGAGUCCCAAAACUGACUCCGCACCCAGUACAAAUGCUGGCCCAGAUCUGAGGGUUAAUGAGGAUCCUCCCAAUCCACCACAAAGUAGAAGCAAAGGCCAGUCUGAGCAGCCAAAAAUUAACCUCCUGCAGUCGUCAAAGGAAAGGCUAAGGAGGAGACUAAAAGAUAAGGAGGAGGCACAAGUGAAGGAAUCACGGACGGGACCGCAGAACAUGGAUCGGCUCGUCGACCUUCUCAACAGCAUGAGGAGCAACAGCAGCGGCGUGGAGCAACAGCUGGCCUCAUUCAUGGAGGAGGCGCAGUGUUCGGCUCAGUCCGAGGAGGCGCUGGCUCAGGUGGUCGGCACCAUCUACUCCAAGGCCGUUUCGGACCGGAGCUUUGCCGCGACGGCCGCAAAACUCUGUGACAAGAUGGCGCUGUUCAUGGUGGAGGGAACCAAGUUCAGAUCGCUGCUGCUCAACAUGCUGCAGAGGGACUUUUCCCGCCGCGAGGCCCUCCAGCAGUCCGACGUGGAGCAGUGGUUGGGUUUCAUCACCUUUCUGUGCGAGGUGUUUGGUACCAUGAGGAGCAGCUCCGGUGACCCGUUCAGGGUCCUGGUGUGUCCCAUCUACACAUGUUUACGAGAGCUGCUCGAGUCAACAGAUGUCAAGGAGGACGCGGUCCUUUGUUGCUCCAUGGAGUUGCAGGCGGCGGGACGUCUCCUGGAGGAGCAGCUUCCUGAGAUGAUGACGGAGCUCCUAGCAGCCGUCAGAGACAAGAUGCUGUGUCCGGCCGAGUCCCAGCUGACCCGCUCUCUGCUCAUGGAGGUCAUCGAGCUGCACGCACACCGCUGGAGCCCCCUGGAGUCACUCACCACCCAGUACUACAACCGUACCAUCCAAAAGCUCACCACAACUGCCUAGUUCCCACAGAAGGAGGAGGAGGCAAGCCCCCCACCCCGUUUUUCUGAUGCUCCGUCUCAUCAAACAUUUCAGAUCGUCUUGCCUGCCUGAAGGAGUGCAGCUGUUUCAGCAGGGGGGGGGGGGGGG